UGGGUCGUAACUCUCCAAUUUUAGCCUCGUGUUUAAAUAAAAUAAUAGCUUAUUUUAUUCGCAAUUACUCUUCUGUCUGCGACCUCGUCUUACGUCAUACGAUAACAAAGAAUAGGUGAUACUUGUAAAAUCAGAUCAGUGUCUUUAUGUGCGCUUUGAAUAGAGACAAUCACUUCUCAUUUCCAACAUGAAAGACGACUCAAACGAUGACAUAAUCCAGCGCAGCAUCGGCCCCCUAGGCCGCUGGCACAUCUUCAUGUGUGUCAUCAUCUCCUUCGUGAAACUCCCAGUGGCUUGGCUCCAACUCAGUAUUGUUUUCAUCGCUCCUCCAGCCACAUUCACUUGCAUUGACAACCAAACCUCUCAAUGUGCCCCAAACUGCACCGGCCACGUUUUCGACCGGUCUGUUUUCACUGAAACAAUCAUCACGGAAUGGGAUCUCGUCUGUGGUCGGGCUUAUUUGGCCAAUUUGGCCCAAACUUUGACCAUGUUGGGGAUCCUCAUCGGGAAUAUGCUAUUUGGGUACUUAUCAGACCGAUUGGGGCGCCGGAAUCCUCUCAUUUGUGCCGUCUUUCUGCAAGUUUUGUGUGGCAUGGGGGCGGCGGUCGCCCCCUGGUUCCUCUUAUUCCUCGUUUUGAGGUUCAUUGCAGCUCUGGCGACUGGGGGGACAAUGGUGAUGAGUUUUGUCCUGGUUAUGGAGAUUGUAGGGAUGAAAUGGAGGACCACACUUGGGAUUUUGUACCAAAUCCCUUUCAAUAUGGGAUUGUUGACUUUGCCCUUGUUUGCUUACUUCCUCCGGGAUUGGCACCACUUCCAUAUCGCGAUUUGUGUCCCAGGGAUUCUCCUCUUGUCGUAUUAUUGGCUCCUCCCUGAGUCCCCAAGAUGGCUGUUGACAGUUGGUCGCAAAACCGCCGCCAUUAAAGUCUUGCAUUUGGCCGCAAGUCGCAACAAACGCCCCACAGCCCCCAUCAAAGCCAACGUUGAGACUUACAUGGAGCGGAAACAGCUCGAAGGGGGCAAACAAAGCGGGAACAUCCUCGACCUCAUCCGUACCCCCACCAUGCGCUCCUACACCAUCUGCAUCGGUUAUAAUUGGUUCGCUUGCGGGCUUUGCUUCUUCGGAGGGGCGCAAUACAUCGGCCAACUCGGGGGCGACAUCUUCGUCAAUGUGGCCCUAUCUGCGGUUAUGCAAAUCCCUAGUACGUUUUUCUCGCUUUGGUCGGUGGCGGCAUGGGGGCGCAAGUACACUCUUGUCUUUUCCAAUGUCUUGUCUGGGGUUUCCUGUCUUUUGAUUGGGGUUAUUCCCCCGGAGCCGACUUGGAUUAGGACUGUCCUCAGUUCGGUUGAUAUGUUUGCAUUGGCGAUUUCGUUUCCGACGGUUUAUUUGUACUCGGGGGAGCUUUUUCCGACUGUUGUGAGGAAUGUGGGAGUGGGGACGAGUUCCAUGUUUGCGAGAGUGGGGUCGAUGGCAGCCCCCUUUAUUGCGGGGUUGGUGUUGGUGGAGGAGUGGUUGCCGCCGUUGGUUUUUGGGUUGGCACCCCUGAUUGCGGCCUUGUUGUGUUUCAAGUUGCCGGAGACGGUGGGGUGCAGGUUGCCGGAUACGGUGGAGGAAGCGGAGGCUUUAGGGAGUAAAAAAGAUGUUCAAUAGAAAAUAAUUGUAAACAAUUGGUUAAUAAAGUAUUUUUCCUACGACUCUAA